AUGUUCACCAUCACCAAAGUCAUCGUCGCUUCGCUCGCUCUCGGUGCCGUCCAGGCCCUUCCCCAGCGUCUUGGGGCAAGGCAAGAUAUGGUCGCUAGUGCCAGCUCUGCUGCCCCAGCAGCAGCCUCUUCGCCGGCUGUCAACUUUGGUGCCCUCCUGACAGCCCCUACCGCUGUCAAGCGUUUCCAGCAGCUCCUGACUACAGGACCACCGGACAACGCAGAGCUCCUCACUGGAAAGGAUCUCCGCAAGGCGACUGUCUUCACGUUCAGCAACACUACUACGCCGCCCAAGGGCUCAACCGGUGGUGUUGCGGUUCAAGCUAACAUCGAGAAAUUCCCCAUCCUUACCGGCCUUGGUAUCAGCACCACUGUCGGCUUCCUCAAGCCCUGCGGAAUCAACUCUCCUCACGUGCAUCCACGGGCCACGGAGUUCCUUACCCUCGUCGAAGGUGACAACCUUGAGUUUGGUUACGUCCUAGAGAAUGCUAUUGUUGGACCCAUGAAGAACCCAGAAGUCGCAGGCUACCUCCACAAGUUCGACGGCACUGUCUUCCCCCAAGGCUCCAUCCACUACCAGUUCAACAACAACUGCGAAGAUGCGACUUUCGUGGCAACUCUCAACUCUGAGGACCCAGGUACCAGUCAAAUUGCGCAGAACUUCUUUGCCCUUAACCCUCAAGUGGUUGACGCUACCCUGAACGCCACUCAAAUCAACGGCAAGGACAUCGACAAGUUCGCCAAGACCCUUCCGGCAAACCUCGUCCAGGACGUCAAGGUCUGCUUGGCCAAGUGCGGGUACUAA